UUUAGUCAAAAAAAGUAUUUAACUCGGCACAUGAGGAUUCACACUGGUGAAAAGCCGUUUUCAUGUGUGAACUGUGGAAAAAGUUUUAGUCAAAAAAAGUAUUUAACUCGGCACAUGAGGAUUCACACUGGUGAAAAGCCGUUUUCAUGUGUGAACUGUGGAAAAAGUUUUAGUCAAAAAAAGUAUUUAACUCGGCACAUGAGGAUUCACACUGGUGAAAAGCCGUUUUCAUGUGUGAACUGUGGAAAAAGUUUUAGUCAAAAACAGGAUUUAACUCAGCACAUGAGGAUUCACACUGGUGAAAAGCCGUUUUCAUGUGUGAACUGUGGAAAAAGUUUUAGUCAAAAAAAGUAUUUAACUCGGCACAUGAGGAUUCACACUGGUGAAAAGCCGUUUUCAUGUGUGAACUGUGGAAAAAGUUUUAGUCAAAAACGGGAUUUAACUCGGCACAUCAGGAUUCACACAGGUGAAAAGCCGUUUUCAUGUGUGAACUGUGGAAAAAGUUUUAGUCAAAAACAGGAUUUAACUCAGCACAUGAGGAUUCACACUGGUGAAAAGCCGUUUUCAUGUGUGAACUGUGGAAAAAGUUUUAGUCUAAAACACAAUUUAACUCAGCACAUGAGGAUUCACUCUGGUGAAAAGCCUUUUUCAUGUGUGAACUGUGGAAAAAGUUUUAGUCGAAAACAACAUUUUACUCGGCACAUGAUGACUCACACUGGUGAAAAGCCGUUUUCAUGUGUGAACUGUGGAAAAAGUUUUAGUUGUGUGAACUGUGGAAAAAGUUUUAGUCUAAAACAGAAUUUAACUCAGCACAUGAGGAUUCACACUGGUGAAAAGCUGUUUUCAUGUGUGAACUGUGGAAAAAGUUUUAGUCAAAAACAGGAUUUAACUCGGCACAUGAUGAUUCACACAGGUGAAAAGCCGUUUUCAUGUGUGAACUGUGGAAAAAGUUUUAGUCUAAAACACAAUUUAACUGUGCACAUGAGGAUUCACUCUGGUGAAAAGCCUUUUUCAUGUGUGAACUGUGGAAAAAGUUUUAGUCAAAAACAGGAUUUAACUCGGCACAUGAUGACUCACACUGGUGAAAAGCCGUUUUCAUGUGUGAACUGUGGAAAAAGUUUUAGUCUAAAACACAAUUUAACUGUGCACAUGAGGAUUCACUCUGGUGAAAAGCCGUUUUCAUGUGUGAACUGUGGAAAAAGUUUUAGUCAAAAACAGGAUUUAACUCAGCACAUGAGGAUUCACACUGGUGAAAAGCCGUUUUCAUGUGUGAACUGU